CAUUCUUUACCGUAAAUUUGAAGCCCUCACAAUUGAAUUGUGGUGCAUGAAAAUGACUGGAAUUGCAGUAAGUGGCGGUUUUCAUUACAAAGAUAAUACACAAUAUGUGGGAACCUGGGACUCUUCAGGUAAACCACAUGGUGAAGGCCAUCUUUCCUUCUCGGAUGGCAUGCGUUACAGCGGCUGUUUCGAAAAUGGAAAAUUCAACGGAUUAGGGGUACUGGUUUUUCCAGAUGGUGCUAGAUACGAAGGGGAGUUCCAUAAGGGAUGGUUUCAUGGCUACGGAACCUUUUGGAGAUCUGACAAUAUGCGAUACGAAGGGGAGUUCAGGGGAGGUCAAAUAAGUGGUUUAGGUAUAAUGACAUUUAACGACGGCACAAAUGGUUUUCCAAGACAUGAGGGCUUUUUUCGGAACACUCGCCUGAUUGAACCUAGAAGAUGCCCAGAUAUUGUUGAUAGGGCACAAAAACUAUCAUUUAUGGCAAGAAAUAAGUACUUCAAUAUCUUAUACAGUGAAAAUUAAACGGUCAAAACAAA